CCGCUAAUUAGCAGCCAUGGAGAAAGACGCCGACGGAUUUUACACGCCUGCUCCAGCAGCCGCGCCCGCAGAGGCACCGGCACCCGCCACUGAGGAUGCACCAGAGGGUGCAGGAUCCCCAAAGCCAGACGCAGUAACGGAUCUCAUCAAGUCGACGUUCGAGGUCGCGGUUACGCUCGCGGAUCAGCAAGCGGAUCCCAACUCGCCGCUCUUUAGCGCGAAGACCUUCGAGGAGCUUGGGCUGCACCAGGAUCUUCUCAAGGGCAUCUACGACAUGGGUUUCUCGAAGCCGUCCAAGAUCCAGGAGCGCGCACUGCCCCUCUUGUUGUCGAAUCCUCCACAGAACAUGAUCGGGCAGUCGCAGUCAGGCACGGGGAAGACGGCGGCGUUCGUGCUCACGAUGCUCAGCCGCGUCGACUUCUCCAUUAACAAGCCGCAGGCACUGUGCCUCGCGCCGUCGCGCGAGCUCGCGCGGCAGAUUAUGUCCGUGGUCGUGGCGAUGGGCAAGUUCACGUCGGUGCAGACGGAGUACGCGAUCAAGGAGAACCUGCCGAAGGGCGCGAGCAAGGUCACGGCGCAGGUCAUCGUGGGCACCCCAGGGACGAUGACGGACCUCAUCCGGCGCAAGGUGAUCGAUGUCGCGGAGGUGAAGGUGUUCGUGCUCGACGAGGCGGACAACAUGCUCGACAAGGACGGGCUCGGCGAGCAGACGCUCCGUGUGAAAAACAUGCUCCCGAAGAGCCACCCGGUGCAGAUCAUCCUGUUCUCGGCGACGUUCCCGGACCACGUGCGCAACUUUGCGAGCAAGUUUGCGCCGAACGCGAACAAGAUCGAGCUGAAGCGCAACGAGCUCUCGGUCGACAACAUCCGGCAGUUCUACAUGGACUGCCGGAACGAGGAGCACAAGUACGAGGUGCUGGUGUCGCUGUACAGCCUGUUGACGAUCGGCCAGAGUAUCAUCUUCUGUCAGCAUCGACACACGGCGGACCGCAUUUCGCAGCGGAUGACGGCGGAGGGACACAAGGUCGCGUCGCUGCACGGGGCCAAGGACGCGGCUGAGCGCGACGCGAUCAUCGACAACUUCCGGGACGGCAAGGAGAAGGUGCUGAUCACGACGAACGUCAUCGCGCGCGGGAUCGACAUCCUGCAGGUGAACAUGGUCGUCAACUACGACCUGCCGCUGAUGAACGAGCGCGGGGAGCGCGAGCACCACGCGCCGCGGGAGGACGCGCGGCCAGACAUUGAGACGUACAUCCACAGAAUUGGGCGCACGGGGCGGUUCGGGCGCAAGGGCAUCUCGAUCAACUUCGUGCACGACAAGGCGACCUGGCAGCAGAUGGAGCAGAUCGAGAAGGCGACGGGCAAGCAGAUCGUCCGCAUCGAGACAAACGACCUCGACGCGAUGGAAGAGCAAAUGAAGAAGGCGCUGAAGUAAACAUGCUGCUAUGUAACUGUCUAACCUCGGAGUCGGAGAUGUAUAUCCCCCCGUUUUGUAUCGUCUAGCCCCACCUAUCCCCCGCUGCAUGUGUGCACACGAAUAUU